AUGCCUAUCAAACUCGCAGAGUACCUCUUCCGCCGCCUACGUGUUCUGGGCAUCGGUUCUAUCCAUGGCGUACCCGGUGAUUACAAUCUGACUCUGCUCGACUACGUGGAGCCCGCUGGCCUACGUUGGGUCGGUAAUGCCAACGAGCUCAAUGCCGCCUAUGCAACUGAUGGAUAUGCUCGAAUCAAAGGACUGGGGGCCCUCAUUACGACAUUUGGUGUGGGAGAACUGUCUGCCGCCAAUGCGAUAGCGGGUGCGUACACUGAACUGGCUCCUGUUAUUCAUAUCGUUGGCACUCCCGAGCGAGCGUCGCAGGAUGAGCGGAAAUUAAUCCACCACACUUUUAACGACGGCGAAUAUACUCGCUUCGCAAAGAUUCAUUGUCACCUAACCGUGGCCCAGGCCAGGUUGUCGGAACCCCGGGCGUGUCCAGAGCAGAUUGAUGAGGUAUUAAAGCAGUGCCUCAUCCACAGUCGGCCCAUUUACAUUGAGAUUCCCGUCGAUCUGGUCGAUCAGGAAGUGUCCGAUGAAAGGCUUUCCGUUCCAAUUUCUUUACCGGGAACAACGCCUUCGGCAGCUCUUGACCGAGUCUUUGAACGCGUUCUUGAACGAAUCUACACCGCCAAGCAACCCAUUGUUAUCGUGGACGGAGAGAGUAGGCCACUAAGAAUCGUCGAAUUAAUCCAGGAGCUCGUGCAGAAAACGCAUUGGCCCACCUGGUCAACGGGCUUUGGAAAGGGUCUUCUCGAUGAAACACUGCCCAACUUCCACGGAAUCUAUCCAGGGAGUCAUGAAAGUUCCAACACACAAGGCUUCGUCAAACAGGCCGAUCUAGUGCUCUGCUUCGGUCCUCACCAUAGCUCUAGCAACACCUACGGCUACUCCAACAUCCCCAACCCAGAAUCCACAAUCUACUUCACAUAUAACGCGAUUAAGUUUGGCACCGACGUUGUUCGCGACGUUCCUCCAAAAUAUAUCAUCUCCCAACUAGUCCAAACUCUCGACUUCGCGAAGAUUGCGCGCUACACGUCGUGUCCUGAUCUGCCACGGGACUACAACCUGUCAUUCUCCAAUGUUGACGGCAGUCAACCAAUCGAACAGUCAAAAUUAUGGCGUCUUCUUGCCAACUUUCUCCGCCCAGGGGACAUAAUCCUCGGCGAGACCGGUACGGCAGGCUACGGUGUUCGCGAAAUGGCCCUACCCAAACACACCCGAGUCUUUACCCCUGUAACUUGGCUAUCCAUCGGCCACAUGUUACCCGCUGCGCAGGGUGCGGCACUGGCGCAAGAAGAACUAGUCGCUUCAUCCAACUACAAUGGUGUCCAGAAUGCACGGACAAUCCUCUUAAUCGGCGACGGCAGCUUCCAGAUGACAGCACAAGAGCUCGCCACCAUCAUUCGACACAGGCUCAAUGUUGUGGUCUUUCUCAUUAACAAUGAUGGGUACACUAUUGAACGCUGCAUCCAUGGCCGCAAGCAGGGUUACAAUGAUAUCGCGCCAUGGAGGUAUCUCCAAGCACCGAGUCUGUUUGGGGCCCGCGAGGACACUUUCACGGGCUCAGCGAGCACCUGGAAAGAGCUGGAGGAUAUACUUGCAAAUAACGAGGUGAAAGACGGCAAGGAACUUCGAAUGAUUGAAGUGUUCAUGGGCCGAGAAGACGCCCCCACAGGCCCGCUAGCAGGGUAUCUACAGGCGCAGAUAGAACGGGGGGUCGUGGAUAAUACUGUGUGA